AGAUAACAGCAGAGCAAAGAGGAGGAGCAACAACAGAGUAAAGAGAAAUACAGAGAGGCAGAAAGCUCCACACACAUCAGUUAUUAGCUGUAAGAAGACAAGAGUGAGAGCGGACAUACUGCAACAGGAUAAAAAGACAGCAAAAAAUAGAAAGAGAAGGGAAAAGAAAAGAAGAAGCUAAAGACCAAGACAUAAAGAAGAAAGUGAAAAGCUGAGGAAGUUGUUGCUCAGUUGGGAAUCCAUUCAGCACCCUGUAGAGACUUCAGUUUUUGUCCAAGUGAACAGACAAAACCAGUGUGACUGGGAGUCUACUGGGAGGUCGGACUGGUUUCCACUCACAGUGAGCAAACUGCCAAGCACCAUGGCUGACAACGUGAUCGAAGAGUCGGAUUAUAACCCGGGAAAAGAUGAGCUGGACUGGGGCUACGAGGAAGGUGUAGAAUGGGGACUCCUUUUCCCAGCAGCCAACGGCGAGUACCAGUCUCCCAUUAACUUAAACUCCAGGGAGGCUCAGUAUGACCCGUCCCUCCUGGAUGUCGGCUUAUCACCAAACUAUGUGGUCUGUCGAGACUGUGAGGUCAUCAACGACGGACACACCGUCCGCAUCAUUCUCAAGUCCAAGUCAGUGGUUACCGGGGGUCCGUUGCCUAGUGAUCAUGAGUAUGAGCUUCAUGAGGUUCGAUUCCACUGGGGCAAAGAGAACCAGAGAGGAUCAGAGCACACUGUCAACUUCAAGGCUUUCCCUAUGGAGCUCCAUCUGAUUCACUGGAACAGCACUCUGUUUAACACUCUGGAGGACGCUCUUGGGAUGAAGAAUGGAGUCCUCAUCAUAGCUCUUUUUGUGCAGAUUGGUAAGGAGCAUCUGGGUCUGAAGGCCAUCACUGAAGUUCUACAGGACCUGCAGUACAAGGGGAAGAGCAAGAUAAUCCCCUGCUUCAACCCCAACACUCUGUUACCUGACCCUUUGCUGAGAGACUACUGGGUGUAUGAAGGAUCUCUGACCACCCCGCCUUGUAGUGAAAGUGUGACCUGGAUUCUCUACCGCUACCCUCUCACCAUCUCACAGUCACAGAUUGAAGAGUUUCGGAGGCUGCGGUCCCAUGUCAAAGGGGCGGAGCUACUGGAAGGGAAUGAUGGGAUGUUGGGCGACAACUUCCGUCCCACCCAGCCCCUCAGUGAUCGGACGGUUCGUGCCGCCUUUCAGUGACUCUCACUUUCCACUGCAAACUCUGAAAAACUAUGGGACCUACAGAUACAAGUGCAGAAGGAGAGAAGGAAGAAAAGGUGUGAAGAAAGCAAUGGAAAAAGAAGGAGAGAGAAAAAGUUAAUGUGGUUGUAGCUCAGCUGCAGACUGAUGGUGAACAAACUAUUGAUCUCACACCUUCAAUGAAUGAUUUGUUCAGUGUGUGUGUGUAGGUAUAGGUUAAGUUUGAGUGUGUGUGUAGGUGUGUUUAGGUGUGUCCUCUUCCACUUAACCUGUCUCUCCCCUUCUCAUUCUUACUGAAUAUGUAUCUGUAUCUGUGUGUGUAACAUCCUGCCUGUGCCUGUGUGUCUUUAGUAUUUGUGUGUGUGUGUGUGUGUGUGUGUGUGUGUGUGUGUGUGUGUGUGUGUGU